GAGGAGAGUCUCCUCGACAAACGUGCUGCCAAGGGAGUCGACCAAGGAGUCAAUAUCUGCUGGUCAAGAAGCUCGCUUGGAGCAGAGGUCUGUAGCUCCGCUACAUCCCCGGUCUCUGGCACAAAGGCGGCUCUGUUGCCCGGACUCGAGCCUACUUCUCGUUCCUCCUCCUCCUGUUCAACAGCCUCAGCGCCGCUCGUCCAGUCAACCACGGCUCCGAGCUCCGGCCAAAAUGAGGCCAAUCCGGUGGGACUUGACAGUGGGGCCUGUAUUGGUGUGACGCCGGCUCAGGGCGUUUUACUCUCGACCUCUGCCGGUGCAACACGUCGACGUCCGAUGCGAUUAGUCCGCCAUGAAACCGGAUUUUCCAGACCCUUGGCUCGCCCGAUGCCAAGACUGGCCUCAGCUGGGCUCACAGGCCUUCCAAACCACCAGCAGGAGCAGUGGGUUGAUGGUCCCAACGCCGACUAUUCCCAGUCACCCGAGACGGGCAAACAAAAAGUUCCCAGUCGACCCUCAGAAGGGCCGCGUUCCCAGUCCAGCCAUCGCCAUCACAACUUACAAUACCACCACCACCACCACCACCCCUAUCAUCACAACCAUAGUCACAACCAUUCUCCCAACCACCAUCCACAUCUUCAGCGCUGUUUGCAUACCCACCAUCAUGGCUACCACCAGCAUCAUCUCUCGCCUCAGCAUCGUACCAAUUGCCAAAAAGAGAGCCAGCCAACCGGCCACAGCAACCAGAAUUCCAGAAUAGCUUGUCGGCAACCUUCAGAGGUUCGUUGA